CUUGCACUUGACUCGCACGCACAGCAACUUCAGAAGCGCUACCCACGGGCCAUGACCAGCCUGCGACUAUAAGUACUGCUCUUUGGUUGUUUAUUUCUUUCCUGCAUACAGCCACGAAGACAACAUAUUCUAUACUUUUGAAUCAUGAGCAACCCUCCGCGUGGCAGGGGCGGUAACCGCGGUGGUCCGCCUGGUGGCCCUCGAGGUGGUGGUGGUGGUGGUGGUGGUUUUGGCGGAGGAAGAGGCUCUGGUACGAGGGGCGGGUAUGGCGGUGGUCCCAGAGGGGGAGUACCAGGAGAUUUGAUCUUCCGGGGCCCUGCGUCUGUAGACCAACGCCUGGCAACCUUGGAUCAACUGGUCUCUUCCUUUAAAAAACUCGCCUUCAACCCCGCGCGCCCUCACCGGCCUGGCUACGGCACCCUUGGCCGUUCAAUCACAUUACGAGCCAAUUUCUUUCCUAUCAAGCUUCCCAAGGGACCCAUUUACGACUAUCGUGUCGAAAUUACGCCGUCCACAGACAUUAAGCGCAUUCGUGCGCGCCUUUUUUGGUUCCUUGAACGGAGCAAUCAACAAGGCUGGAGAGAGCUCGUGCCUUUCACUGCUCACGACAACAGUGAGAGGCUAGUAUCCUCCAAGAAGCUACCUCAGCCUCUUGACGUGCAAGUCCAAUAUUAUGAGGAAGGAGAAGCUGGCCCCAAUGCCAAAUCCAAGACAUAUACUUUCGGAUUCACCCACACGGGUGACUUGGAUGUUGCGAAGCUCACGAAGUAUCUCAGUGGCAACAUCGAGUCACGGGACUUUGACGUCCAGCCACUGUUAUCUGCUGUGAACCUCGUGCUUCAAACGCAUGCAGCGCGUACCGGUGUUCGUGUUGGCAAGAAUCGCUAUUUCUUCCCCUCGCAAGAGCGCUUUGAGCUAGCGCUUGGCGUGGAGGCCUGGAAAGGCUUCUUCACGUCCGCCAGACCUGUGUACAAGGAACUUAUGGUGAACGUUGGUGUCUGUAUGACUGCCUUCUACAAGCCUGGCAACCUUGCCGAAGCUAUCAUGGAGUUCAACCGGACAUCCAAUGGCGCUAUGCUCCAACGGUUUACCCAGAAGCUCAAGGUGACCACGAGUCAUUUAGGGUACAGGCAAAAGAAACCAAUCAAGAAGAUCAUGUCUACGACUGCGAGGCAGACGUUUUUUAACUGCGAAGAGUACGGUGGCAAGAUAUCUGUUGAAGAUUAUUUCAAGAAAAAGUACCCCCAAAUCAAGCUGAAGCAUGCACACGACGUCCCAGUCGUUGACAUUUCAGGUCCAAAUUCGAAAUUCUCCAUAUACGUACCGGCCGAGCUAUGUGAAAUCGAGCCUGGGCAACCGUUCAGAGGGCGUCUCAACGAGAAAGAAACGUCGAACAUGAUUCGGUUCGCCUGUAACCCGCCCAGAGUCAACGCAGAUGCCAUCGUUGAACGCGGUCUUCCCACCCUUGGAUUCACGCCUCAGACGCUGAGCAGUCCUAUGAGCAACUUCGGCAUGGCCGUGGACAAUGACAUGGCGGUUGUCCCUGCACGUGAACUUCCCCCGCCCCGCCUCAGCUACAAAGCAGGGAAGCCACCCAACGUCAGCAACGGCAGUUGGAACAUUCUUGAUGUCAGUUUCCACGUCGGCGGAGCCAUCAAGACGUGGUGGGUGCUUGUCAUCAAAGACGGACAAAGCGUGUUCAACGGGCCCAAGGACCCGAAUUUGGAGGGAAUUUGGAGGGGCUUUGGUGAGAAAUGCCGCAAAAGCGGCAUGUCACUGGGGUCAACGCCUAUCUUGUUGAACCAAGAUCUCGUCCCUCCCGCUCGUGAUCCAUCCAGGCAGCAGGCGCUGGACCUGAUUCGCCAGAAUAUCAAGCGACACAUUGCUGAGAAAGGAAAACCGACGUUCAUACUCGUCAUUCUCUCUCGCCGGGACAACUACAUUUACCCUGGCAUAAAGCGGAUUUGUGAUGUCGAGUUGGGCGUUCACACCCUCCAUAUGCUUACAGAUAAGGUGCUCAAAGACCGCAAUAAACAAGAUCAAUACUUCUCGAAUGUCGCUCUCAAGUUGAACACGAAACUCGGAGGUAUCAAUCAUAUGCUGGACCCGGAGAGCAUGAAAUGGUGGACAAAGUCCAAAACGAUGGUUGUGGGCAUGGACGUUACGCACCCCGGUCCUGGCAGCGUUGAAGGCACACCAUCAAUUGCCGCUGUUGUCGCGAGCGCAGAUAGUUCUUUCGUCCAAUUCCCAGCAAGUCUCAGGUGUCAGGAGACCAAGAAAGAGAUGAUCACAGACCUAACUGCGAUGAUGAUAGAACGCCUCAUGUUUUACAAUCAGAAGAAUCGAAGCCUGCCAGACCGAGUUUUUGUUUAUAGGGACGGUGUGUCUGAAGGCCAAUUCGAUACUGUGCUGGAGGAAGAGCUUCCUAAGAUGUUGGAGGCAUUUAAGAGAGUCCCCCAAACGAAGCCAUAUCGCCCAGCGUUGACGAUCAUCAUUUGUGGAAAGCGCCACCAUGCCAAGUUCUGGCCGACCGACUCCCAGUACGCGGACCGGAACGGUAACACUCGUCCAGGAACUGUCGUCGACAGAGGCGUCACUGCAGUAUUUGACUUCGACUUCUACCUUCAAGCUCAUGCUGGUUUGCAAGGCCACGUGAAGGCAACGCACUACACAGUGGUGUAUGACGAGAACCACCUUGGCGCAGAUGAAGUACAGCAGGGUACGCACACUGCUAGUUACCUGUACGCUCGCGCGACCAAGGCUGUGAGUCUCGUCCCGGCCGCGUACUACGCCGAUUUGGCGUGCGAGAGAGGGAGAUGCUACUUGAACGACUUCUUGAGUGCCGAUGACAAGGUAUCGAGCUCUGUCGUAUCGAAAGGACAGGGGCGAGGGAAGUUGGACAAGGAGGAGGAGAAGAGACGUGUGUUUGAGGCGGCGAAGAAAGCAUGGGGAGAGGGUGUUCACCCCGACUUGCGCUCGAGCAUGUUUUAUAUCUGAUCUGGUGGUCGUGUGCUGCGGGUUGUACUUGUAUCUAAGUUUAUCGUCUUGUAUGUAUUUGCGGAUAUGAUAUCUAAAAAUAUGUUUGUGUAUCGU